AAAAUCAAAAUCAAGGUAAAUGACACCUAACAUAUGAAUAAACUAAAUAUAAAUGAAUUUAGCGCGGUUUGGUGAACUUUCUAGGUUUCUCAAAAUUUUAUUUGCACACCUUGAUCGGCGCAAUAAUCACAGAGUCGCGUAGAGUGAGCAGGCUUCACCGGGACGAAUUAGAAGACCAAUUAUUGUGGCGUGCAUCUCAUCUGACGGUGCGAGUUGAUUCUUUGAGAUUUGAGCAGCGCUCUGGCGAGAGGAGGAGGGAAGGGUCAGAGAGGAUGCAGCGUGUGCGAUAAGGGGAUUUUUUGCUCUGAGCGAAACUGAGUCUUCAGUUGAUGCUUCUGGUAUUGUGCUCAUGGCUGCAAGAUCAACUCCAGUGCGGAGUGUGCUGAAGUUUGUAACAUCUUGGGUAUAUUUGUAUGCAAUCAAGUUGAAAUAAUAUAUUGGAUUUUAUGUAUAAGAUGUGUGGUACCCCAGAAUAUGUGGCUAUGUGAAUAUAUCGUCCUCUGUGUGCUGGCUGCUGGCUUGAUUGCUUGAGUGUCUUCAUCACACAUCGAGUGUCCAAUGUUCGAUGUUCCCUCAGUCUCACAGUCGUUCGAGAACCACCAAGGCGAAUACACGAAAAGCGCACUGUUUUCCACCACACCAUAAUUCCUCCCAAAAAGCAUUAUUCACUCUCACUCAGAGAGACUCCGUUCUCACUCUCUCUCACUCUCAGCACAGAACAGCUUCUGUGAAAGACAUUUUCUUGCAUUUCCACACCAACCACCCAGUGAAACGUGCUGUGUGCUGCGGAAUCAGUGCUGGAGAACUCUGUCAACCUUUGGACUCGCCUCCCUGGAGGAGGACAUCCUCUUAUUUCUCCUAUUGUAUUGGCUCAGGAACUUUCCCUUUCGUGCGCGGUGCGACAAGAAGUGCUCGGACCACAAGUAUUUUUUCCGACAUUGUUUACUCGCCAAAUUUGUGUGAAAGAGUGAAAAGAAAAGUGAGAAAUCCGUUUUAAAUGAGAGUCUUUUUGGAAAGAAUUUAUUAGUGACUUGUGUGCCUUUUUCCGCUCAAUUAACACACAUACAGAGCCAUAGCGGAGAGGCAGAAAAUUGUGCCAUACCCGCCGAAGCCCCUGCCUUCCCUGGUGAAGCAACACAAGAGCAGCAGGAGCUCCACUUUGGCCAUACACGUGUGCCACUCAUCGCAGUCAGAGGAUAUUAUUGGACGUAGAAUGCGCAUCACCUGGUGUGGGUAAUUUUGGCACGUGAAAAGCGAGGAAAAUGGAUGCCCCAUCGAUGGUGCAGCGCUCGGGGGACACUCUAAUUGUGCGGAGUGUCGUGAGUGGCAAUCAGUUAUUUCUGGACAAUGGUCAGGCGCUGCCCAGUUCAGCUGGAGAAGCCCUGCUGCCGCUGAACUACACAGACGAGUGCCUGGACGAGGCCAUCGACGAGGAGAGCAUUGAGGAGGACGGCGAGGAAUCACCCCCGGACCAGGUCAAGGACGAAGAGUUGCCACAGUGCAAAAUCAAGAGAAACUACUCCUGCAACAGCUGCACGUACUUUACGCAGAAUCCGCGCCUCUAUCUCACGCACCUGCGGGACAAGCACGGUGAGAAAAUCGUCAUCAACGAGUGCAAGCACUGCCUGUACGCGUCCAGGCAUUACCAGAAACUGGUGCGACACAUGAAAAUGGUGCACGGAUCCACGGAGGGGCUGGAGGAGCACCAUCAGUCCCGGAAGCGCGCCCACCAGAUGAUCAGGGAGAUCAAGAAGCGUCGCGUCACAGAGGACACCGUCCCGUCCACCGAGUCCGAAGAGGCGCCCCCCUUCGGGAGCACCCACGGUGUCGGAGAGCUCAGCAAGCUGCUCAAGUGCAGCGUGUGCGACUUCACCACCCUCAGUCGCAGCCAGCUGACGGAUCACGAACGCAAUGACCACAUCAAGACCAAGUUCUUCAGGUGCAGCAAGUGCAGCUACGUGACUCACAUCAAGGCGCGCUUCAGCAAGCACGUGAAGUACCAUUCCAUGCCCAUGAUCAAGUGUAUGAUGUGCGAUUUUCGCACGCCGUACAAGUGGAAUCUGGAUAGGCACAUGAAGAAUCACGGCGGCACUGGACCCUUCAAGUGUGCCGCGUGCAAUUUCACCGCCGAUAUCAAGCAGAGUCUCACCGUGCACGAGAUGAACCAUCACGUGCCGCCCGUGGGACACGCCUCGGGAAUGAGCAUGCACAGGCGAAAGAACAAAGUGGGAGGAACAGACGUGCCAGAUGACCCGACAGACGAGCUAAUGUACCGUGAAAACACUGAUUCAGACAUGAAUUUUGACGAAUCCCUUCCACUGAUUGUGAACAACAACAAUCGCGAUGUGAAGCCCUUCAGUUCAGAUAUGGUGAACGAUUCGGGCUUCCUCUCAUCCUCCGUUUCGGAUCACACAGUAUCCCCACCGUCUGGUGUGAAGAAGGUGCCACGACCAAUUCCCAAUCUGAUACCGAUCCAGAAUGCCACCACCGCCCUCAAUUUGUCCGUUGGCCGCAAGGUUGAUGGCGCCGCGCAGGCAAUCACAGACCUAUGUGCCAAUUCAUCUACGAGUGCUCUCAAGGACUUCGCCUCCCUCUUUGCGGGCGGCAAGGAGAUUUUCUCCGAGACAUGCUCAAUUAAGAGUGAGGCCCCGCCGCAAAUGUCUCCUUCAUCCACGAACUCUUUCAAGAAGAAGCACGCGAGCUUCUUUGACAAACUACGCGAGAAGUGCGUCACGAAUUCUGGCGUGGGCACGAAUAUGACAUGCUCCUGUGGACACGUCUCCAAGUGUCUCUCUGAGGCACUCAUUCACCAGGACUCGUGCAAGAAGCAACUGGAGAACAAUCGCAAGAGCACUUCACCCAUCAAUCUCAGCAUGAAUGUGGGCUCCACCAGGUGCCAAAUCUGUCGUCAUAGAUGCAAGUCCAGCGCUGAUCUCAUCGCCCACAUGCAAACGUGCGUGGAGCAGAAAAGCAUCGGUGGCGACUCCAUGGAGGACUCUGUGUCUGAAGUAGAGAAUUCAGACAAAGGAGAGGGUCAGGAUGAGAUAGACGAUGCUUCGAAUGACAAUCAGAAGGAGCCCCAUCCGAUGGAGAAUGUGGUGUUUGUAUGGAAUAAGAUGCCUGAGCAUCCAGACCAGUUUGUGACUGCGAAGCAAGAGCCUCAAGCGGCUGGCAGCACUCCUGAUCCAGAGCCCACGUCCCGAGAUGAUCCCAAUACAUAUUGUGGAGUGGAAACGGCACCCGGUUAUGGUGAAGUGACGAAGAAGAUGCAGAAGGUUGAGGAGCAGACGCCCAACUCUUGUCUGAAGAAGGUGUUCAAGUGUCCUCAUUGUUCCUUCUGGGCAUCCACAGCAUCACGGUUUCAUGUCCACAUUGUGGGACAUUUGAAUAAGAAGCCCUUCGAGUGCUCGCUCUGCUCUUAUCGCUCGAACUGGCGCUGGGAUAUCACGAAGCACAUCCGGCUAAAGACCAUCCGAGAUCCUUCCCACAAGACAGCCCGGGUGUUGAUGAAUGACGAGACAGGACGACGGAAUUAUACAAAGUACAACAGAUAUAUUACACUUAUGAAAGUCACUGAUGAGGAUGGGAAUCUCAAAUUGAUGAAGUCUGGUGAGAUGACACCAAACCAGGAGGCAGCCCUGCAAUCGCCGAAUCUGAGCGCCAGCGGGAAAACCACUCCAGAUUAUGCGAUGCUGAAGAAAUUGAAUCAGAAUGAGAAUCUCCAAGUGGCGCCGGUACUUCAGGAUGCACCGCCCUUCGUCACGAUUGCUUUCAAGAAUCUUGAGAAGAACAAUCUCAUCUCUGUCCAGGAUCUGCCUGGCUUUAUGAUGACCACAGCUGGAGUGACGAGCGAGAGCAUUGCAGAGACAUUUGGGGCGCUCACGGCCAAGUCCACAAAUCAAGAGAGUGACUCCAAGAAGACCCUCUUCAAGUGCAAGAAGUGCCAGUUCAAACACGCCAAUCGCGAAACCGUGCUGGCUCACGUGAAGAGACACUACGAGGAGGCGGGUCUCAUGUUGGACAACAGUGCCUCGUGCGGUGACAAGAAGCCCCUCAUCGGACUGCCCGAAGACUUGAAGCAAGCGUUGACGGGCCCCAAGUGUGAGGCUCUCAUGGCGCCGCAAAUGCCGGCGGCCGCAAUGGUGCUGAUACCCAGCAAUAAUAACAAUAACAAUACAAAUGAGAACGGUGAGCUGGAUGAGCGUCACUGUCGCUUAAAGCACAAUGGGGAUAUACAAAUUGAGUUGAUGGAGGCAAAUGGGAAGGUGGCACUGCGGAAGAUCACGAGCAGCACUCAAGUACCUGCACCAGUACCAGUUAAUUCGGCAGCACAGGCAGCACAGGAGAAGGACAAGGUUCAGGGCGGCGCGUCGGAGGAAUCUUCUGUCCUCAAAUGCCAUAUUUGUCCAUUCAGUGUGUCCAGCAAGGAGAGUGAGAUCUUCCGAAUUCACAUGAUCAAGCACACGGAGGAAGCGUCUGAUUCCAAGAAGAGCAGCCAAGAGAUUCCAGCCAAGAGACAAUCCACAGAAUCUCGUGCAGUGGUCAAGAGCAAGAGGUACAACUGCACCGCUUGUCCCUACGUUACGGACAGCAAAUCCCAGUUCGUGUAUCACAAGUCUUUCCACAAGCCACGUGGGGAGCAGUUCAAGUGCACCUACUGCACCUACAAUGUGACCAAGAAACAUUUGCUGAACCAGCACGUGAAGCUGCAUCGCAACGAGGAAGUGUCUGGAGCAUCUCGAGAUAACAAGAAGAGUCAGGAUGUUGAGCAUCAGCCAGUAGUGAAGGCAAAGAUCACACUUCCAACUCACGAUGGUGAGAUGACAGCGGAUCGUCGAUCACUCCAGUUUUGCGAUAAGUGUCCAGCGAGAUUCCUCUGCGAGAAAGAAGUGAAGAUUCACAUGAAGACUCACUCAAGUGGAUUGCAAUAUCGAUGCACUUAUUGCACAUUCUCAGCUCGGCAGGAGUCUCUUGUGCAGACUCACGCUAUCAUUCACAGUGGCCAGUAUCAGGAGGAGACGAAGGGUCUCGAGCAGAAGUACAAGAUCUCCAGUGAGAAUCCAAAACCAAUUAUAUCGUCGUACAAAGUUGAGAAUGCCUCAGACAUGUGGAUUGUGGGCAAUGUUCCCCCAAAGAUCGCAACAGUCACCGCUGAGGAGGAUCACGAGGCGCAGAAGGAGCAGAAAAUCACCAGAAACUGCCCUCACUGUCCGUUCGUGGUGAUCUUGACAGCGGGAAAUGAGGGAAACGGUGAAAAGCAACUGGAAGAUCACAUUCAGCAUCAUGGAGGUUCUUCCAGCGGCAAGUAUCGAGUGUCCUGCAAUUUUUGCGACUUUGCCACGAAUACCGAGAAGGCCCUGAAGGAGCAUACAAAGUGGCACUUUGCGAGCUCCAAGAAGAAGAACCACAAUGUGGAGUUUUUCACGAAGAUCGAGAAUGUGCAGAUCUACAAGGGCGAAGGCGAGGAGGAGAGGAACUUCCCCGAGAAGGCUGAAGAGGACAAAUUCGGUGCGGUCAUGUUUGAGGAGCAGAAGAAUGUUCUGGACUCGCGAUCACCACUGGCGGAGGAGAACAAGAUCUACAUCAAUUUGAAAACUGGUGAAAUCAUCAAGAAGCACGCGAGUAGAUUUUAAAAGAUCUAGCUAAUUUAUAACUUUAAAUUCUAGUUAAUUUCUCUAUUCUUUCUCUUCGUAUUAUUGAUCUUUAAUACUAAAUUUACGGUUGCAAUAUUUUCUUCUUUAUAUGCAUUAACUUUGUACAUUGAAAUUUCCAUUAUGAGUUUAUUCUAUUCAUGUAACUUUACGACAAAAAAAAACAAACCAUGGGCCAUUACCAAUAAUUUAUUUUAAAUAUUUUCUUGGAGUGUGAAGAAUAUGUGAAGAUGCAGAAGUGUCACUUUAGAUUUAGUCUUGAAUGGAGGAAUAAGAAACCAUGUAACAUCUCACCAAAUCACAAUUGAAGUCAUUUUAAAUAGUUGAGAAGAUUCUCGUGUCAUUGUAAUAACGAAAAUUACCAUUUUACCAUUUAUAAUUAUUAUUUAAAUGAAGUAAAAAUACAAAUAAUAUAUAAUAGUAGAAAAUCUAUAUUUGUUUUUGUCCUAUUAAUUCAAUUAUUAACUCUACCAUAGAAUACUUUAGUGAGUGAUUAGUGAAUUAGGCAAAGGAAAGAGGAUAUUAGUGGACAUCGUGAUUUAGGAAAUGCUUUAACAAUGUUAGAAUGGAAUAUUUUACCACAGGAAAUUCACACAAAAAAAAUGAAGAAAACACAUGGAACCAAUUAGGUGGAAAUAGAAUGUAGAGUUGGUAUAUAAAUUCACAUAAAUGUAGAAAAAAAAUAAAAUGGCAAGGAAAUCAAUUAUUUCAAUUGAAUCAUUAUAAGAAUAUACAAGAAAUGAUGUAACGUAGAAGUAGUGAACACAAAUAAGAUAAAUUUUUACCAAAGCAUUUUUGCCAAAUGAAUCCUAAUGUAUAAGUGAAAUAUUUAAUAUAUAGAUAUACAGGAGAUGUAAAAUACAAAUUAUAUACGCGGAUGUUUGGUAAAUAAACUUGCAUCACACAUCAA